UAAUAAAGGAAAGUAUAGUAGAUGUGUCAUUGUGGGGGUGUUUGAUAGCAACUAGCAACUUGGAAGUGGUGGGUGGGAAUAGCCAUAUGUUUUGUGGCACCAGUCGUGACGUGUCAUAUCUAUUCUCCAUUCUAUUAAAUUCCCAAAUCUCACUCUUUCCGGUCACCACCGCAUUUCUCUUGUCGUCAACGCCGCGUCCACCGGGUAAAGGUUUCUUCAAGUUUGUGGACACUUUAAUGUACUACCGAAGAAGCAAUAUUGCGGCUAGGAUUUUUGAUCGUCAAAUUUGCACUCCUGCUCCUGGCACUAGUGUUCAUCAUGCCCGGCGAUUCUAUGAAAAUUUGGUGCCAAGUUACACAGUAUAUGAGGUUGAGUUCCCUGACCAUUCAUUUCGUAAAUUCACAGAUGAUGGUCAAUACCUUGUAAGUUUCAGCAGAAAUCAUCAGGAGCUGAUUGUUUAUAGGCCUAGAUGGCUUUCCUUUUCAUGCAAUGACGAAGAUUGUGAUAAACAUGAUUUGCCAGCAAAAGCAAGAAGAUUUGACAGUUUUUUCACCCAAUUAUAUUGUAUACCACUUGUUUCAUGCAAUGAACUUAUAUGUAAAGAUUUCUUUCUUUACAUGGAGAGUAAUAAAUUUGGACUGUUUGCUACUUCUACGGCUCAAAUUCAUGACGCACCUGCUGUUGGAGGAGCUGUUCAGGGUGUUCCAUCAAUAGAAAAAAUAACUUUUCAUCUUUUGAGAAUGGAAGAUGGAGAGAUCCUGGAUAAGAAGAUCUUCAGUAAUGACUUUGUCAAUUUGACUCAUAAUAUGGGUGUCUUCUUGUAUGAUGAUCUAUUGGCAAUUGUAUCACUUCGCUAUCAAACUAUACACAUUCUUCAGAUUAGGGACUCUGGGAACUUUGUUCAUGUACGGGCUAUUGGGGAGUUCUGCCGUGAAGAUGACGAACUUUUUCUAAAUUCAAAUGCUCAGGGCAUGCAAUUGUCUAACAAAAAUAAACAGCACCAAGUACCAGAGAACCAUGUAGAAAAUCACAUGCAUCAAGGUCAGCCUAAUGUGGGGAAUUCUUUUUUAAGUGGCAUAAAGCAGCGAUUGCUUUCGUUCAUAUUCCAGGGAUUAUGGAAUGAAGAAACAGAUGAUACCUUGAGGAUCCAAAGACUUAGGAACAAGUUUUACUUCCACUUUCAAGAUUAUGUUGAUUUGAUUAUCUGGAAGGUGCAGUUUUUGGAUCGACACCACUUGCUAAUCAAGUUUGGCAGUGUUGAUGGAGGGGUGUCAAGAAAUGCUGAUCACCACCCAGCUUUUGUUGCUGUAUACAACAUGGAUACAACUGAAAUUGUAUCUUUUUAUCAGAAUUCAGCAGAUGAGCUUUAUCUGUUGUUUGAGAAGUUUGGCGAUCACUUUCAUGUAACCUCAAGGAAUUUAAUGUAUAUGAAUUUCAUAUCUUCUCAUUCAAAUAAUAUUCAUGCACUGGAACAACUGCGGAGCAUAAAGGAUAAGGCAAGCAACUCUUCACAGUUUGUGAAGAAGAUGCUUGCCUCUUUGCCUUUUAGCUGUCAAUCACAGAGUCCUUCUCCUUACUUCGAUCAAUCUCUUUUCCGGUUUGAUGAUAAGCUGAUUUCUGCAACUGAUCGGCAUAGGCAAUCAACUGAUCAUCCAAUCAAGUUCAUUUUAAGGAAUUCUCCACACACUCUCAAAUUUAAGAUCAAACCAGGUCCUGAAGCUGGUAGUAUGGAUGGUCGUGCAAAAAAGAUCUCUUCGUUUCUUUUUCAUCCAUUUUUGCCCUUUGCUCUCUCUAUUCAGCAGACGUUGUUCUUGCAGCCUUCAGUUGUAAAUAUUCACUUUCGAAGAUGAGUUUUCUCUCCACUGUAAACUGUUUUCACUGAAUCUAGAGGAGUCGAUACAGAUCACAUGCCAAUUCAUGUUCGUUUUUCUUUAUAAAAAAUUCCUUGAUGUAGUUUUAGUGAACUUUAUUUAAGCAAAUAUAAAUUAAUUACUGAAAAUUUUGUCAUAUUUAAUAAAGAACAUAGCUUCUAUAAA